CACGCGGGCGGCACAUAGUGCACAACUUGCGUAGCAGGCCUAACUUCGAUCGGGUGCUGUUUGGAAAUCUGUCUGCUUUUUACGCCGAGUACGAGCCUUUUUGUUCGCCAAAUCUACCUAAAACCACUCUACAACCAUGGCACUUUGGGCAUUAAGAUUACAUGUAAUCCAAUUGCCUUUAUACUACGUACACGUAGACCAGGACCUGCAGAUGUGUACCAUAUUUGAAGCCCAGUAUCUUCUGGGAGGGGCGUGAAUGUAUCUCUAUCCAUGUCGGCCAGGCUGGGGUUCAGAUGGGCAAUGCCUGCUGGGAGCUGUAUUGCCUGGAGCACGGCAUCCAGCCUGAUGGUCAGAUGCCCAGUGACAAGACCAUCGGAGGUGGUGACGACUCCUUCAACACCUUCUUCAGCGAGACCGGUGCUGGCAAGCACGUCCCUCGCUGUGUCUUUGUCGAUCUUGAACCAACUGUAAUUGAUGAGGUUCGUACCGGCACCUACCGCCAGCUCUUCCACCCUGAGCAGCUGAUCACAGGCAAGGAAGAUGCAGCCAACAACUAUGCCAGAGGCCACUACACUGUCGGCAAAGAGCUUAUUGACCAAGUGCUUGACCGAAUCCGCAAGUUGGCUGACCAGUGCACAGGUCUCCAGGGUUUCCUCAUCUUCCACAGCUUCGGUGGAGGCACCGGCUCUGGCUUCACAUCCCUGUUGAUGGAGCGCCUCUCUGUUGACUACGGCAAGAAGUCCAAGCUGGAGUUCGCCAUCUACCCUGCUCCUCAAAUCUCCACUGCUGUUGUUGAGCCUUACAACACCAUCCUGACCACCCAUACCACUUUGGAGCAUUCCGACUGUGCCUUCAUGGUGGACAACGAGGCUAUCUACGACAUCUGUCGUCGCAACCUCGACAUCGAGCGUCCGACCUACACCAACCUCAACCGUCUGAUCGGUCAGAUUGUGUCCUCCAUCACUGCAUCUCUUCGCUUUGAUGGCGCACUCAAUGUCGACUUGACCGAGUUCCAGACCAACUUGGUGCCCUACCCACGUAUCCACUUCCCCUUGGCCACCUACGCCCCUGUCAUCUCUGCUGAGAAAGCCUACCAUGAGCAGCUGACCGUUUCAGAGAUCACCAACGCCUGCUUCGAGCCAGCCAACCAGAUGGUGAAGUGCGAUCCCCGUCAUGGCAAGUACAUGGCCUGUUGUCUGCUCUACCGUGGUGAUGUCGUUCCUAAAGAUGUAAAUGCCUCAAUCGCAACCAUCAAGACCAAGCGCACCAUCCAGUUCGUGGACUGGUGUCCAACUGGCUUCAAGGUGGGCAUCAACUACCAGCCACCCACCGUCGUGCCUGGCGGUGAUCUGGCCAAGGUGCAGCGUGCCGUCUGCAUGCUGAGCAACACCACAGCCAUCGCCGAGGCCUGGGCUCGUCUGGAUCACAAGUUUGAUCUGAUGUACGCCAAGCGUGCCUUCGUCCACUGGUACGUGGGAGAGGGUAUGGAGGAGGGUGAGUUCUCUGAGGCUCGUGAGGAUCUGGCUGCCUUGGAGAAAGAUUACGAGGAGGUCGGUGUCGACUCUGUUGACAACGAGGGAGAGGAAGAAGGCGAGGAGUACUAAACCCUUAAUUUCAAACAUCAAAUGUUCAAUUGAACUUUUUAAGCAUUUUAUUGCCUCAGUGCUAAAGAGCGAAAGCUUUUCUCAGACUAAAGACAAAAAACAAAGGUUUAAAAGUGAUUCCAAAACUUGAACAGAUCUUAAAUUCGAUUUGUUUUUUAAUUGAAACCAGCAUCCUUUAAACCGAAUUGAAAAAUAAGUCUGUUCGUGUUCUUUCUUCUUUUAAAAAAAAUUAAUUAAACUGCUGCACACUAUUCACUGACUCGGAUUGACGUGAAAUAUACAAAUUAAAAAAUUAAAUUGGCCUGAUAUUUCAGCCUUAACAAGGCCUUCAGAGGCAAAUGACGGAGGACAAGAAACAAACAUGGAGGGGACUGGGGACACACUUUUUUGAUUUUCUUAUUUUUUAUGAGUUAAUUCACAGAACAAAAAAAAGGAAUCACGUGAGAGAAGAAAAUGUUAAUAAAAGUUUCUCUUGUAAAAAGCUGAAAAAAAU